UUUCCCCUUGUCCCUGACCUCCCUUCACACCCUGCCUGCUCCCUUUUUUUGAGCCUGAUGAACUCCUAUUCAACUUUCAAAACCCAGCCUUGAUGGUGCCUCCUUUGGGAAGCUUUCUCUUGGUGAUUUAACUCAUUCCUUCUGGACCUACAGUGUCUUGCUUUCCUACAUCUUGCAGCACUUGCCACAGAAUGUUCUGGUAAGCUUCAGGCAGAAAGAGUCUCCUUCUAGCCGUGACCUCCUCCAAGCCAUGACCUCGUUUAGGCCUUGCAUUGUGAGUGUCCCUGACUCAGUAUUCAGUCAGUAUCUGCAGGACUGAUUCUCUAGACAGGUGUCCAGGUCACAUGUGGGCGCCUCUGAGGAUGAGAGGCCAGGGUGGAGGUAAAAGUGUGGGCUGUCAGAGCCGUGGGAAGAGACGAUGGUGUUGGUGACGGGGACCCUGUGUGGGGACCAGGUCCAGGAAGCCACAGAGCUUCUUCCCGGCUUCUGGCUGGUCCUGGGAGAGGGCUGAAGUUUACUUUGUGUCCUUUUGUCAACUUUAAAGAACAUUCCAGAAGUCAAACAGGAAAAAGUGUACAGAAGAAAACAAAAAUCAACAAAGCCCCGGUUUCAUCUUCAUGUGUACCCCCCCGUGUGCCUGUUUGUGAGUUGCUAUGAACAAAUUUGGGGUGGAGGGAGAAUCGUUGGGCGGGGUACUUCAAAACCUGCUUUUCUGACUGCACAAAACUCUUCCCCAUGGUCUGACAUGGUCUUUCAUCACAUUUCUGGACGUCCGAUUGAGGUUGCAGAAAAUAGCUGCACUAAACCUUGGUUUUAUUAUUUGAAAGAAAAAAGAAAACCAUCAACCGGGUCCCACGGCUCCCAGUGAGGCUCAUGCCCUGCACCCUGGGCCCCGUUGACUUCUUUUCCUUCCGAUAAAAUUAUGGAAUGUGGUCCUCACACUUCCAUCACAGUUGUCCCCACACAGUGCCUCCCAGAAGCCCAGCACCCAGGCCAGCACCACACAGCAAGGACCGGACUGGCUUAUGGUCACCAUGGCCAGGGUCGCUCGGUGGACACCGCACAGCCCACUGCCACUGUCUGCUCACCCACCCCUCUCUUCCCUUCUGUGCUUGGCAGCUGGGCCCAGGGCUUGAGGGGACCUCGCUGGAGCUGACCGCGGUGGACCAUCAGGGUGACCUUCAACCGCAAAGCUGCUGUCCACGUGGACCGGGGCCGAGAUCGUGCGUCCAUCCGCCAGGACCCCCACAGCCAAACUCCGAGACAUGGCAACCAACGGCAGCAAGGUGGCCGAUGGGCAGAUCUCCACGGAAGUCAGCGAGGCCCCCUUGGCCAACGACAAGCCCAAGACCCUGGUGGUGAAGGUGCAGAAGAAGGCCGGGGAUCUUCCUGAUAGAGACACGUGGAAGGGCCGCUUCGACUUCCUCAUGUCCUGCGUGGGCUACGCCAUCGGCCUGGGCAACGUCUGGAGGUUCCCCUACCUCUGUGGGAAGAACGGCGGGGGAGCCUUCCUGAUCCCCUACUUCCUGACACUCAUCUUUGCGGGCGUCCCGCUCUUCCUGCUGGAGUGCUCGCUGGGCCAGUACACGUCCAUCGGGGGCUUGGGUGUGUGGAAGCUGGCCCCCAUGUUCAAGGGUGUGGGCCUGGCCGCAGCGGUGCUGUCCUUCUGGCUAAACAUCUACUACAUCGUCAUCAUCUCCUGGGCCAUCUACUACCUGUACAACUCCUUCACCACGACGCUGCCAUGGAAACAGUGUGACAACCCCUGGAACACAGAGCGCUGCUUCUCCAAUUACAGCAUCGUCAACACCACCAACAUGACCAGCGCCGUGGUGGAGUUCUGGGAGCGCAACAUGCAUCAGAUGACGGACGGGUUGGACAAGCCGGGUCAGAUCCGCUGGCCGCUGGCCAUCACCCUGGCCAUUGCGUGGAUCCUGGUGUACUUCUGCAUCUGGAAGGGUGUGGGCUGGACUGGGAAGGUGGUGUACUUCUCUGCCACCUAUCCGUACGUCAUGCUCAUCAUCCUGUUCUUCCGCGGAGUGACACUGCCUGGGGCCAAGGAGGGCAUCCUCUUCUACAUCACGCCCAACUUCCGAAAGCUGUCUGACUCCGAGGUGUGGCUGGAUGCGGCUACCCAGAUCUUCUUCUCCUACGGGCUGGGCCUGGGGUCCCUGAUCGCUCUCGGGAGCUACAACUCUUUCCAUAACAACGUCUACAGGGACUCCAUCAUCGUCUGCUGCAUCAACUCUUGCACGAGCAUGUUCGCGGGCUUCGUCAUCUUCUCCAUUGUGGGGUUCAUGGCUCAUGUCACCAAGAGGUCCAUUGCCGACGUGGCGGCCUCAGGCCCUGGGCUGGCAUUCCUGGCGUACCCAGAGGCCGUGACGCAGCUGCCCAUCUCCCCACUGUGGGCCAUCCUCUUCUUCUCCAUGCUGCUGAUGCUGGGCAUUGACAGCCAGUUCUGCACUGUGGAGGGCUUCAUCACUGCACUGGUGGACGAGUACCCCAGGCUCCUCCGCAACCGCAGGGAGCUCUUCAUUGCCGCCGUCUGCAUCGUGUCCUACCUGAUCGGCCUCUCCAACAUCACCCAGGGGGGCAUCUACGUCUUCAAACUCUUCGACUACUACUCUGCCAGCGGCAUGAGCCUGCUGUUCCUCGUGUUCUUUGAGUGUGUCUCCAUUUCCUGGUUUUAUGGCGUCAACCGAUUCUAUGACAACAUCCAAGAGAUGGUCGGCUCCAGGCCCUGCAUCUGGUGGAGGCUCUGCUGGUCCUUCUUCACCCCGAUCAUUGUGGCAGGUGUGUUCAUUUUCAGCGCCGUGCAGAUGACGCCCCUCACCAUGGGCAGCUACGUCUUCCCCAAGUGGGGCCAGGGUGUGGGCUGGCUCAUGGCUCUGUCCUCCAUGGUCCUCAUCCCCGGGUACAUGGCCUACAUGUUCCUUACCCUGAAGGGCUCCCUGAAGCAGCGCAUCCAGGUCAUGACCCAGCCCAGCGAGGACAUCGUCCGCCCAGAGAAUGGCCCAGAGCAGCCCCAGGCCAGCGGCUCAGCCAGCAAGGAGGCCUACAUCUAGGGCUGGCCACUCGCCACCCAAUGCUGUCACCCCUGCCUGGCUGAGCCCCAGUGACCGCCACUUGAAGACUGGACACUUUCCAUCUGCACCUACCUCAAGUGGUGCAACCCAACACCAUCAGCUCUCAGAGGGGCGAGGGGGGACAGUUGGACCUGGGCAGCCUCGGCCACAGAUAGCGGCACCCAGCAGCUGCCAGUGCCUGGGGGCUGGUGACCUUUUUCAUGGGGCCCCUAAGCACCAAGCAGCCGGUUAGCAUUUGUUGCAGCCGUGGCAGCCCAUUUUUAGCCUGCCAGUGAGUGUGGCCGGGAGAGACCGCACACACUCCUGGCUUUUAGUCGUUUUACCUGACUGUUCUUUUACUGCCAGACCCUGACUGUUACGUGGGACUCCGCACGAAGUCGGUUCUGCCAGAUGCUGCUUGGGCCCCCUCAACACGGGCAUUUUGUACAGUGGAACCACAGGGGCUUCGAGCUCAGGGGCAGGAGCCAGCGGAGCUCUGACUCCUCAGCUGUAGGCUUCUCCUUCCUGAGGCAGCUGAUGAAACACCCCAGAGUCCUCAGGUGGUGUCCCCUCCCCUUGUCCCAAGUGGAUGGGCCCCUGGGCAGCUCUUCAACUGCCGGGUUUGGAUUGGACCCAGCCCACCUGCCCCUUCCAAAAGGGCUGUGUGCUGGAAAAGUGCUCCAUGCACAACUGAUUUUUCUUGGUCGCCACUGGUGGGGAACAAGCAAGAGUGCCUGUUCACUGCCCACCUUCACAGAGCACAAAACCCUGCAGAGCGAACGAGGGGACGGGGCUGUCCCAAUCAAGGCAGACCCAGCUGUCCCUCAGGCUCCCUCUUACACUGUCACUCUCACUGCCACCCCAUUUUCAGCUGCUUCCUCCUCUCCUUUCCUCAGUCUCCUCAGCAGGAGCCACUAUGACCCACCCAGCCCACGAACUGAGGCACCAGUGUCCUCCCCAGCCUCCGCCCCACCCCACCGCAGGCUUCCGAAGCCGACUGUGCUUCUUCAGGAAGUGGGACGUGUCCCUUUCAGGAAUCGGCUUCAUGGUGUUGGUGGUGAAGCCGGGUCUGGGGGUCCUAGGAGCACCCAAAGGCGGCCUUUUGCAUCAGCCAGGAGAAGGGGUCCCCGUAGCAAAGCAGAGGUCUCGCCCAUAGCACCUUAGCUUUUUAGCUCACCAACUGUGUUUCCUGACUAACCCUUAUUAACUAUGGUAAAUGCUGUGACUGUGUGUUUUUUAGUCUCUUCUCAUGCUCAUCCAGAAGCAACCAGCACACCAGUUCUUGCAAUAAGGUAUUGCCCUCAGAACACCCAGCACAUUAUUGUAGAGAAUUUUAAAUGUCUGUAUAUGCACAUAGGUAGGCACACCGUGCACACCUGUCCCUUCGAGUGGCAUGAAGGGUCUGCAGCCUUCCCGAGGCCACCUGGAAAAUGGUCGCAUUGCCAAGGUACCCCAGGCCGUGUGGGGAAGCCACGCUGCAGCUGUGUCCAGUCGUGAGGUUCUAGGGUUAGGAUGGAAGGACCCGCCACUGUGUCCUGGCCCCACCCCACUGUCCAAGUGUGCAUUCCCUUAGGGGACAGGUGGGGACUCCCUUUUCUUUAUCUUCAAUGUGAAACAGAGACAGACUUCGUUCUAUGAUAAAUGCAGUAUACUUCAUGUUUGUAAGCUCCUCUAACUUCAAUGUUUGGCAAGAAAUCCCCUAACUGAUUUCCACCCAAACUCACCAUAUAGAGCACAAUAUCAAGUCUUGUACAUUUACUGUGAGAUCCGUGAAUAUGUGUAACUUUUUUUUUCUUUUUUUUAGUAUUUGCCCGGGGUUGGGGGGAGAGAUAUUGUAUUAUCAUAUGUGCUUUUUUUUGCAAUAAGGAUUUAUUCUCAGAUCAUCAAGUAAAUCUAUCUCUAUAUUAAAAAUAUAUGUAAUAUAUACAUAUUCAAACUAUAUACAGAGCCUGUUUUAAAAAAAUGCAGUAUUAUUUAGUAAAAUUACCUGUUCUAUGGACCAAAUGUUAAAUAUUUAUAAAUGAAGAUGCAUUUUAAAUGUCUAUAAACAGUGUCAUAACUAGAGCACGGGUGUUAUGUAAGUUUCUAAGAAUUUAGAGAAAAAUAAUAAAGGUUCUAUGAAAUGCA